UAGCAUCUUCGUCAUAAACUGCAUGAAAAGUCAACAUGUUCUUCGUUUGACAAAGUCAAAUUUCCAAGUUCAAUGCCCGCUCUAGAAUCGAUGGAUUUCUUGCUCUGCUCGCAAUUAUUUUGUGUAUAAUAAUAGUUCAAAGCUUGUACACAAAACAACAAUCUCAAACGUUUGUUUUCAGAUCAGCAGCCAAAAGGAGAUGAAUUACCCUUUCAUUAUUCCUGAAGCACUUCCUAGAUUUUGCCUAUUCUUUCUUCUGCUCAGCUCUUCCUUUUUCUUUAAUGUCUAUGGAGAUGAGUCUACAAAAGGAGACAGUAAAGUUAUACGUGUUGGUGCAAUUAUUGAUGUUAACUCUCGUAUGGGUAAAGAACAGCAAAUAGCCAUGGAGAUUGGAGCUCAAGCCUACAAUAACACAUCAAAGACUCACAAGCUGGCUCUUUAUUUCCAAAAUGCCUCUAAGGAAGCCUUCAGAGUCGCCUCUCUUGCUGAAGAGUUAAUUGAGAUGCAGAAAGUAGAAGUAAUUAUAGGGAUGCAUUCAUGGCAAGAAGCAGCUCUGGUGGCUGAAGUUGGAAGCCAAGCUCAAGUUCCAAUCAUAUCCUUUGUAUCACCUGCAAUAAUCCCACCUUUGACGCAAAAACGCUGGCCUUAUCUGGUUAGACUAGCUAACAAUGUCACUGCACAUGUAAAAUGCAUUGCAGAUAUAGUGAAUGCUUUUAGUUGGCAAAGAGUGGUAGUAGUUUAUGAGGAAGAUGGCUAUGUUGGUGGAGACUAUGGGAUGCUCUCUCUCCUUUCUGAGGCUCUUCAAGACUUUGGUUCACUAAUUGAAUACCGUUUGGCGCUUCCACCAAUUUCUUUUCUGCCAGACCCAGGAGAGCUAAUCAAUGAAGAGCUGAUUAAGCUGGUAAAUCAAACUCAAUCUCGCGUUUUCAUAGUUUUGCACUCAUCCUUAGAAAUGGUGACUCAUUUGUUCAGAGAAAGUUCAAAGAUGGGACUUGUGGAUAAAGAUUCAGCUUGGAUAAUCUCUGAGAGCAUAACUAAUUUGCUUGACUCUGUGGAUAAAUCUGUUAUUUCCUCCUAUAUGGGAGGGUCUUUAGGAAUCAAGAUGCAUUACUUAGAAAAUAGCAGUGAGUAUCAAGAUUUUCAAGCUCAGUUCAGGAAAAAAUUUCGUGCAAAGUAUCCUGAGGAAGAUAACAGCAACCCAGGAUUUUAUGCUUUGCAAGCAUAUGAUGGCAUCAAAGUUGUCAUUCAAGCAGUAGAAAGAAUGGCAAGGGACAAAAGUAGCAGCCCAAAAGCUUUGCUAAGAGAGAUAUUGUCUAGCAGUAUCAAUGGUUUAAGUGGGAAAAUUCAUUUUCAAGCAGGUCAGCUCUUGCAGAAUCCUAUCCUAAGGAUAGUUAAUGUAGUUGGCAAGAGUUAUAAAGAAAUAGACUUUUGGACUCAAGAAAAUGGGUUCACCACAAGCCUUCCUACAGGAAAAAGUGAAGAAAAUGCUACUGCUAACACACAAAGUUUGGCGGGUGUAGUACAAUGGCCAGGGAAUUUGGAGAGAACUCCUAAAGGUUGGAAUAUGCCUGUUAAGCGAAACCCAAUGAAAAUUGCGGUUCCAGGAAGAACUUCGUUUUCAAAGUUUGUCAAGGUUGACUACGGAGAAAGUCCAGACCAGAAUCAAUAUAAAGGAUUCUGUAUUGAGGUUUUCGACAAGGUGCUCGAGCUUUUGGAAUAUGAUCUACCCUAUGAGUUUCAUCCCCUCAAUCUAACUUAUACUGAUCUGGUUCAACUUGUGUAUAACAAGACUUAUGAUGCUGUGGUUGGUGACGUGACCCUACUAGCAGAGAGACUGCAAUAUGUGGAUUUUACUGUACCAUAUGCAGAAUCGGGAUUGUCCAUGAUAGUUCCAGUGAAGUCUCAAGAUUCAACAUGGAUGUUUAUAAAGCCAUUCACCUGGCAAAUGUGGGCGGUUACUGGUGCAAUUUUGAAUUACACUAUGUUAGUAGUUUGGUACCUUGAACGAGUACCUAAUCCAGAGUUUCAAGGCAAUUGGAAGAGACAGUUCAGCACUGCUCUCUGGUUUACCUUCUCCUCCCUAUUCUUUGCCCAUAGGGAGCAAAUGCAUAGUAACUUAUCUCGCGUGGUGAUGGCAGCAUGGCUUCUUCUAGUUAUGGUUCUGACCUCAAGCUACACAGCUAGCCUUUCUUCAAUGCUAACAGUUCAACAACUGCAGCCAAAUGUCACAAGCAUCGAGUGGUUGAAGAGGAACAAUGUGAAAAUUGGUUGCGAUGGCGACUCAUUUGUUAGGACAUACCUAGAGAAAGUCGAAAAGUUCAACCCAGAAAACAUCAUCAACCUAAGUAGUGAAUACAAUUAUGAUGAUGCAUUCAAAAGCAAUUCAAUAACAGCAGCUUUUCUCGAACUCCCUUAUGAAAAAGUAUACAUAAGUACUUAUUGCAAGGAAUAUUCUGGCUCCGCACCAACCUCCAGAUUUGGAGGCCUAGGCUUUAUAUUCCAAAAAGGCUCCCCACUGACCAAAGAUGUUUCUAAAGCAAUAUUGCAGCUUUCAGAGAGGGGAGAACUAACCAACUUGGAAGCAAAAUGGUUACAUCGCUCAAACGAGUGCACCAACAACUCUAGUUCAAAUGAUACUCAAAGUCUGAAGCUUAAAAGUUUCUGGGUUCUCUUUGUCAUUUCUGGGGUCAUAUCAACAAUUUGUUUACUAUUUUCUAUCAUUCAAUCACAAGGAUUUUGUCAGCUAACUCAAAAAAUCGUUGAAGAAGGCAAUGGACCCACAAGUGAUGUGACAAUGUGGAUAAGAACACUUGAAUUAGCCAAGCGGAUUUAUGGCAGAAAGCUUAUUCAGGAAACUCACUUGUACCCGCCCGAUAUUGGGACACAAGAUGUAACUGACUGUUCUUCCAGAUGGGACAAUGUCAGUACCACUGAUUCACCUAUGCAUCAACAAGAUACUGCAUCCCCAGCAUCAACAGCCAUUUUGCUCACUUCACCACAACCAGAGACACCAAUCGAAACCCCUGACAAUAGAUGACUUACAAGAAGGAAAGUGUAUCUAACUAUGAGAGUUCUAGUUCAUGAUCCUAUUAUAGGAAUGUAAUUUUUUUUAAGGUGUGAACAGGUAUGUUGUUUAUACUAGAGUCAGAAGUUUUUGAUGUCUGUGAUUGCCAUAUUUAGGUUCACUAGCGCGCUUAUUUAGGUUCACUUCUUCAAUUACUAGUUUCCUUUUGAAAAUCCCGUGUAUAUAAGUCAGAAAGAACUUUGUGUUUUUACAGUCCUGAAUUUACUGUCAUCCGUGAGCAGCUACUAAAUCUCCUUUUGCCCUUAUUGUGGAAAACAACUGCUGGAAUUUUUACUCGGAUCACAGUUCUUUUUAUUACGUCAAAUUCAAA